GAACAUCGCCCGCGCAUGCGCACUUCCACUCUCGGUGACGUAAACCGGACGCGCGCCACAUUCGAUCAGCCGUUUCAUUUGUUCUCUUGUGUUUAUGUUUGUUUAGAAGAUGAAAACGUGAAUAUGUUUCAGGUAUGAGCGUUUAAUGUGUUUGAUUUGAGCGCCGAGUAGCGGAAGGAGAUGCGGUAUGUUUGAUUCGACCGCGUUUGUUUAUAAAUAUUCGCUGAUGAUGAUGAUGGUUAUGAUGAUGGUUCUACAAUGAGCUCCAAUCAGAGGACGUUAUUCCAGUCAUGGGGCUGCAGCGUGCCUCACAGAGACCAGAGCAAAACUACCUCAGACCGGAGGAAAACCACCUCAAACCGAAGCAAAACUACCUCGGAUCAGAGAAAACGCACCAAACCCACCGUGAGCGCCUCCGAGCAGCCGGACAGCAGGAGUCUGUGGGGUGAGACCACAGCAGCUCCUCAGCAUGAUGAAGCUGAUGAUGAAGAUGAUGAUGACGUCAUGCUGGUGGCCGUGUUCGAGGCCGAGCGCUCGCUGCAGGCCGGUCCCGAGCCGGGAUUCGACCCCUCUGCGGGCCGGGUCUGGAUCUACCCCACCAACUACCCCGUCCGGCAGUACCAGCUGCAGAUCUGCGAGGCGGCGCUGCUGAGGAACACGCUGGUCUGUCUGCCCACCGGCCUGGGCAAGACCUUCAUCGCCGCCGUCCUCAUGUACAACUACUACCGCUGGUUCCCCGCGGGCAAGAUCGUCUUCAUGGCUCCCACCAAACCGCUGGUGGCGCAGCAGAUCCAGGCCUGUUACGGGGUCAUGGGGAUCCCGCAGCAGCACAUGGCCGAGCUCACAGGCUCGACGGCGGCGCAGCAGCGGCGAGAGCUCUGGCGGUCCAGGCGCGUCUUCUUCUUGACUCCUCAGGUGAUGGUGAACGAUCUGUCCCGUAACACCUGCCCGGCCGCUCAGGUCAAGUGUGUGGUCAUCGACGAGGCCCACAAGGCCACCGGGAAUCACGCCUACUGUCAGGUGGUUCGGGAGCUGCGCAACCAAACGCAGCAUUUUCGUGUUUUGGCUCUCAGCGCCACACCUGGAGGAGACGUCAAGGCGGUGCAGCAGGUGAUCUCCAACCUGCUGAUCUCUCACAUCGAGCUGCGCUCAGAAGACAGUCCCGACGUCCAGACGCACGUCCAUCAGCGCAGCCUGGAGAAGAUCGUCGUCCCGCUGGGAGAGUCGCUCACUCGCUAUCAGACGCAGUACCUGCAGGUUUUAGAGAAGUUUACGUCCCGUCUGACCCAGAUGAGGCUGUUGAAUCACCGUGACCUCCGCUCCCUCACAAAGUACCAGAUCAUUCUGGCCCGAGAACAGUUCAGACGCAACCCACCGCCACACGUCCAGGGGCCUCAGCAGGGGCCGAUCGAGGGUGAUUUCGCCCUCUGCAUCAGUCUAUAUCACGGCUAUGAGCUACUGCAGCAGAUGGGCGUCAGAUCGCUCUUCCUCUUCAUUCAGAACAUCUUCUCUGGACCCAAAGAGUCGUCUCGAAUGAAGAACGAGCUUCAGAGGUGUCCAGUCUUCAUGGAUCUCUACAGGGAAAUGGAGACCAUGUUUGCCACAUCCAGCCGAGGGCCUCAAGAGCCGUACGUCUACAGUCACCCCAAACUACAGAAACUGGACGAGGUGGUGCUGCGGCACUUUCAGACGUGGGCCGAGAGCUCAGAGUCGAAAGCCUCCACUGAGGUCAGCACACGCGUCAUGAUCUUCUCGUCCUUCCGGGAGAGCGUGCAGGAGAUCGCAGAGAUGCUGAACCGCCACCAGCCGCUGGUCAGGGUCAUGACCUUCAUGGGUCAGGCGUCCGCCGGGAAAGGGGUUCGAGGGUUCACGCAGAAGGAACAGCUGGAGGUUGUGCGUCGGUUCCGUGAGGGCGGCUUCAACACGCUGGUGUCCACGUGUGUCGGCGAGGAGGGUCUGGACAUCGGUGAGGUGGAUCUCAUCGUGUGUUUUGAUGCUCAGAAGAGUCCCAUCCGCCUGGUCCAGCGCAUGGGCCGCACGGGACGCCGGCGACAGGGACGAAUCGUGGUCAUACUGGCCGAGGGCCGAGAGGAACGAACGUAUAACCAGAGCCAGAGCAACCGGCGCAGCAUAAACAAGAGCAUCAUGGGAAACAAGCACAGUUUCCAGAUGUUUCCUCACAGUCCCAGAAUGCUGCCGGCGGGCGUCACUCCGACACUGCACAAGAUGCACAUCAGCUGCGGUCAGUUUGAACACAGAGACGCCGGCCGACGCUCCACAAAGGGUCGCCGCUCAUCGCUGAACCUCCAGAUGAUGGGAGGAGAGCAGACGUGUGUGAAGGACGACGGGUUUCUGAGCGCGGCUGAAGAGGCCGUGUGGACGUCCACCAUGAGACUGUCAGAGGAUGAAGCUCAGCCUGUGUUCAGACCGUCGUCUCUGCUGACCUUCAGUGACCAGCCGUCAGAGCAGGAGCCGUGUGUGUCAGGGCCCGUCAGAGAGCUGUCCUUAUGGGAGUGGAGACACUGGCAGAACAGGCCGCUCCACACACACAGCGUGGGACAUUCGGAGCGCUGCCUCCAUUUCACCUCCAUCAUGGAGCUGAUUGACAGACUGAGGCAGGAGGAGCAGGGCGACUGUAGUUUUGAGUCUGAGCUCAUGCUGCAUCUGCAGAAAGAGGAUGUUGAUGACAGCAGAACAACAAAACCAAACACUGACAAAAUCCCUCGAAAGAAGAGGCCAAAGUCCAACACGGCUCCUCGUUCUGAUCGCUGCUGGGAUGAAGCCCCUGAAGAUCAGCGACGAGAGAACGACACGACGUCUGUGACGCUGAUCCAGAGCACAGAGAACCGGCUCGACGAGGAUGAGCGAGUCGACAGUGUCCUGUUCACAGAUGACGGCGUCCAUCCAGAGUCUGAUCUACCAUCACAACAAGAGUGUCUGGAGUGUUUGCUAGAUCCCUGCGUUCAGCAGGACGAGAGCUCGGAUCUACAGCACAUGUUCUAUCAGUCCGAGCAGAACGUCAGUCCUAAACGCUGCCGUCACAAUCUGACAACCAGAGCUUUUCAGAUGAUCCUCGCCAAUGUCAAAGAGCUCCUGUCCAGAUCUCCACCGCAGGGCUUUGAUUUCAGUCUGCCUGACCUCAGUGUUCCCCCAGAUGAGCCGUUUUCUGAGGCGUUUCAGGUGACGUUCAGCCUGGCGCCAGUUAACGGAGAGCGUGAGGAGUGUGACGCUCUUUCACCAGGCUGGGACGAGCUGUUCGACGAUGACGACAAAGACUUCACGAAAGCCGAGGAGCAACAAGAAGAGCAGGUGAGCCUGGACGAGAGCGUCGACCUGUUUGGAGACGACGAGGCUUUCCUUCAGCUGAGCGUUCCUGAUGUUCGGACGCCAGACAAGAGCACCGGACCUGAUGGAAAGCAGCAGACUCCUGUCGACGUGUCAGGAAACAGAUCGAACAGCGCAGGAUCUGAUCAGGCGUUCAACUGCUCGCAGGACUUCUUCUCUGUGAACUUUGACCUCGGGUUUGAGUCUGAGGAGGAGGAAUGUGUCAACACGGGAGCAGGAAACAUCACUGUAUCUGCUCUGAAAGCGUCUCCUGCAGUCUCAUCCACACGGCCUCAUCCAGUCGAAGGAAACGGGAGAUCUGACCGAUCGCCGCUCGUCUCAGAUCAAUGGAGUCCGGUGCCGAGACCCAGCGCUUCCACGCCCAACCAUGUGUUCCUGCCGCCAGCCGGACGAAGAGCAGAAGACCAGACGCGACCGUCAGCGCGCAGAUCCUUCCAGAAGACUCUGUCUCAGAGAUCAAAGAUGUUUCAGCAGCGUCUCUCCUGUGCAGGCGUGUUGAGCAGCGACAGCGAGGGCGAGACUCCUCUCAGGACUCCAGCUCAUAAAGUCAAUCCUGUGUUUUCUCCAGAGCAGUCAAAGAUCUGCAGUGACGUGGAGUCUCCCGUUCAAGCGCGCAGGAAACGCAUGGCUGCAUUAAACACGUCGGAGGAGAGUGAUGCUGAUUUUCAGGACGUCACCCUUCAUCAGCCCAGAGAUGUGAAGCCCCGUCACGUCAGGAAGCCUCAAAAGGUUGUCCGUCGCCAAGGGUGUCAGUUCCUGGACGAGGAGGCCGAGCUCUCUGAAGAUGAAGAUGUUUCAUCAGAUGAAGAAGAUGGAGAUGAACAGAAUCAUUCGCUGCAGGGGUUUGUGGUGAACGCGACCCAGUGCUCUCAGGGUCUGAACGACUCUGAGAUGCAGGCGGUCUAUCUGAAGUCGGUCAGGAGUCCAGCGGUGCAGAACCGGGUCCGAAUGACGUAUAAACUAAAACAUAACAUGGAUAUCUUCUCACAGGUGCCAGAACAGGACGAGACGUACGCGGAGGACAGCUUUGUGGUUGAUGGCAGUGAAGAUGAGGAGGAGAGUGACGAUGAUGAAGAGCCUGUGGAGCUGAUCGCUGAAGACUCGUAUGUCGACGGGCGGAAACAGUACGCCACGCGCCGCAGGGUUCGGAUACGAGCGACGAACCCCACUGGAAGAGUUCAUCCAGAGAGAAACAAACGCACCAGGAUCAUCCGCAUACAGGACUCCAGUGAGGAAGAGGAGGAAUGUGACGGACGAGACUCUGUGUUUAAAGUCCCGCAGUGUCUGCAGAGCGUCCCCCGACGGCCAGAGCGAGACGACAUGAAGCGGCAGAGACUCAGUGAUGAGGCCGCGCUGUCAGAAGAGCUCGACUUCCAUCCGGAGAAACCGGUGGCCGUGUCGAUCCGGAGUCCGUCGGCCGCAGACGCUCCUCUGAGAGUGUUAGUGGACGGCCGCUGCAUCAGCGGAGGGUCAGAGGUCGUGUCCUGUCUGCGGCUGCGACACGGCGUCCAGGUUCACGUGUGUUCGCUGGUCAGCGCAGACUUCAUCGUGAGCAACCGCAUGGCCGUGGAGUGGCAGAGCGAGUCGGAGGUCGCCAGCGUUCAGAACCGCAAACGGCUGCAGGAGCGAAUCCAGCGGCUGCAGGCGUCGUACGAGCGUGUGUGUCUGAUCAUCCAGAGCGACCGCACCAAACCUGGUGAGGCGGUGCGAGCGUUUCAGCGCAGCCGCUAUUAUGACGGGACGCUGGCGGCGCUGGUGAAGGCGGGCGUUCGGCUCCUGGUCAGCAAAGGUCCGGAGGAAACCGCCGCGCUACUGAGCGAACUGACGCAGGUGGAGAGAAGGAAAGGUCAGGCCAUCGACGUACCCCUGGAGGUCAAAGGUCACCGGCAGCAGGCUCUUCAGUUCUGCUUGACACUGCCGCACGUGAGCUACAUCAGUGCGCUGAACAUGUGCCAUCACUACAGCUCCGUCGGUCACAUGAUCAGCAGUUCAGUGGAGGAGCUGCAGGCGUCUGCGCGUGUGAGCCGCUCCAGAGCCGAGGACAUUUACCGCUGUCUGCGCUACAGCUGCUGCUAACUAACUUAUUCUCAGCACUUUAAUGCAUUAUGAAAUAUGGAUUCAUGAUGUCACACAGACGGUGGAAUAAUCAGGAUUAUAUCUUCUGUUUAUGUGAUGUCAGUAUGUGUGUUUUCUGUUAAGGAAAGUUCUGUACAGAUCAGAUUAUGAAUGUUGCCAUUAUGGUAAUGAAGUAUUUAUGUUUACAGGUGAAUUGAGCAGAUGCCAUUUUGAGAAAUAAAAGAGCUCCAUCUUUUUAAUAA